AAAGAAAAAAUGAGAAAACAAAAUUACCCUCUCUCUCUCUAACUCUUCAAAAUCUUCGUCUCUAAGCUCCUUCUCGUUUCUUUUUUUUUUUUUUUUCAAUUGAAACUUCAUUUCCAUUUUUAAAUUUCGCUUUCUUUCUCGCCAAACACACCAGCCAGAUCUCUCUUCUCUUUGCAAUGCCAAUUGAUUCCGAUUGUAAGAUCCCUUAACUCGCUUCCUCUUCCACCGUCUCAUCAAAUCCGUUUGUUUCUUGACUCACUGAGUCAAACAGCCAUUCUUCGACUUUUUAGACGACGGAACGGAAGAAUGGGAGCGGUGCCUUCGACGCCGCGCCACACCAGUACCACCACCGAAACGGCGGAGUACCUAAUCGACACCUUGGUCGGCGUGAAAUCGUUUCCUUUGGCUUCCGAUUUCUGGCAGAGGCUUCUAGAACUUCCUCUGACUCUACGCUGGGCCCCUCAUCGUGUUCGCCAAGCUUGCCAGCUCUUCGCACAAAACAACCGCCAAACCAGGCACCUUGCAAAGAUUUUGAUUCACCUGUCAUGGUGUUUACAAGAGGUGAUUCGAACUUCUGGUGCUCCAUCACCGGUUUAUGUGAAGGCUGUUAACGCAGUGUGUAUUUCAUCUGUGUUUUUGAAGUACAUAAUUGAGAAUUCACAGAGUGACAACAUUGAGGAGUUAGGUUUGUCUCUACAUGAAAAUGAACCGGUGCCUAAGGAUUUUGUUAUAGAUCAAAGCAUUGAGAAUCUUGUAAUGCAUUAUGUGCUUAGCUUUCUUGGUUCAAUAGAUGUAAGUCCAACUACAUCCCUUCUACAUCAGGAGUUGCUUAACUUCGUGCUUGUUGCAAUGUCUACUCAACUUCUUUCUGGACCAUCCCCAGGGCCUAAAGAUGUGAAUCCUUUUAUCGAUGCAGCAAUGUCUCAGGAAAGUUUGCUGGUUAAUUUGGUGGUUCACAGAUUGCUGCUCAAUUAUAUAACACGACCUCGGGUUCCCUCGAGUACUGCUGCUUCGUAUUCUAUUUUUUCUGAAGAAAGUCAACCUGGUGUUUUACAAAGAGUUGGUUCUGCUGCUGCAAACAUUGUGUUGUUGCCAUUCAAUUAUUGGGUCAGUUCAAAUGUUGAAGGCUCUAAAAAUCAACUGGCAGACUGCAGUCUCCAUGUGCUACUUAUUCUCAUUCAUUACCAUAAAUGUGUUGUAAGUGAUGAGUUGAUAACAGAUAGAAGUGAUGACAGUGCCACUUCGGAAUCUGUUUCAAAGUUAAAUACAUAUUUCACUGUGAACCCCUACAGCGAGGCCUUAGGAAAUGCAAGGGAUAUUGAAUUUGAUCGUGUCGAUGUUGAGGGGAAUGCACAAAAUGGACCAGUGGUGAGAUUACCUUUUGCAUCGCUAUUUGAUACCCUCGGCAUGUGCUUGGCUGAUGAGACUGCCGUUCUUUUACUUUACUCAUUGGUGCAAGGAAACUCGGACUUUUUGGAGUAUGUACUAGUGCGAACUGAUUUGGAUACUUUGUUGAUGCCCAUCUUGGAAACAUUAUACAAUGCUUCGAGGAGGACAUCAAAUCAAAUAUACAUGUUGCUGAUUAUUCUUCUCAUACUUAGUCAAGAUUCUUCAUUCAGUGCUAGCAUUCACAAGAUGAUAUUGUCUGGUGUUCCGUGGUAUAAAGAGCACCUUCUUCAUCAGACAUCUCUUGGUUCCCUGAUGGUCAUAAUUUUGAUAAGGACUGUACAGUAUAACUUGUCUAAGUUGCGGGAUGUCUAUCUUCACACUACUUGUCUAGCAACUUUGGCAAAUAUGGCACCUCACAUCCAUCGUUUGAGUGCAUAUGCUUCUCAGAGACUUGUCAGCCUUUUCUAUAUGCUUUCACGCAAGUACAACAAAUUGGUAGAGCUAAGUAAUGAUAAAAUACAAACUAAAGCCAUCUCAACAGGGAACAACGUUGUGGAAGAUAUGUCAGCAGAAUUGCAAAUUUAUACCGACUUCUUGAGAAUCGUCCUUGAAAUAUUAAAUGCAAUUUUGACUUAUGCACUGCCACGGAAUCCUGAGGUUGUAUAUGCCAUUAUGCACAGGCAGGAAGUCUUUCAGCCAUUCAAGAACCAUCCUCGCUUUACCGAGCUUCUUGAAAAUAUUUAUAAUGUAUUAGAUUUUUUCAACAGUCGUAUGGAUGCCCAAAGAUUGGAUGGUGAAUGGUCUGUAGAAAAAGUUCUUGUGUUCAUAAUUAAUAAUUGCCGAUCCUGGCGAGGUGAAGGGAUGAAGAUGUUUACUCAGUUACACUUCUCAUAUGAACAAGAAAGUCAUCCAGAGGAGUUCUUUAUUCCAUAUGUGUGGCAGCUUGUCCUAUCCCGCUGUGGAUUCAGUUUCAACGCAAGUGCUAUAAAUUUAUUCCCGGCUGAUCUGCAUGCCAAUAAACAAAUUUACCAUGAAGAAUUGAAUGGGGAGUUGAAUGAACACAGAGUUCAGGUUGAUCUGUAAGGGCAUUAAUAUAAUAUCAUACGCUUGUGCUAAGCAUGUAAUGUUCGUGGUGUUUUUUGUAAAUACAUAAAAGCAAAUAGCAGAAAAUGUAUUCUUCUCAAUUCUUUUCUGUUUAUAUGUUUGAAACACUGUAGAGGCCUUUUUGAGGUAGAUAAAUUUUUAGAAUCCUUGUAUGAAAUAAAGAGAGAAUUGGUGAUUCCAGUUCUAUAAUAUAGUUCCAGGAAAAUAAAUAUGCUCCUUUCCCACUCGACU